CACACACGAUGUGUGUUUAUGUGUAACAAGUGAAUCAAGUGUUUAAGCUCCUCCUCACUGUCUUUAUAAGCCUCAGUGUUUCUUCUCCUCACACUCCCGCCCUGCUCACCUCUCAGCUGGACUGUAAGGAAUGUUUACAGCUCACACUGACAACAUGCUGGGGAUCCUCUGCACUCUGCUCACUGCUCUCACAUAUGUUGAUGCAGCGAUAGUGCUGACUCAGACGCCUGCUGUCCACUCAGUUUCUACAGGACAAGAGGUUGUCCUCAACUGCAACAUUCAGAGAUAUGAUGGAAAUUAUGUCCACUGGUAUAAACAGGUUCCUGGUGAAGCUCCUCAGUAUGUUCUCAGUUUUCUCCAUGGGGUCAAUGAUCUCGACUUUGGAUCAGGAUUCUCUUCAGACCGGUUCAACUCUAAAUCCUCUUCAGACACAGAAUACCAGUUCAUCAUAAAGCGUUCAGAGACAGGAGACUCUGCUCAGUAUUACUGUCAGACAUGGGAUGACUCUGCUCGUGAAGCUGUAUUCGGACAAGGAACCAAGCUGAUUGUGACAAGCUCCAGCCUCCGUCCUCCCGUCCUCACUGUCUUUCCUCCGUCCAGUGCUGAGCUGCAGUCCAACAAAGCCUCUUUGGUCUGUCUGUCCAGUCAGUCUGGGCCUUUUGCAGAUGUGACCUGGAUGUCUGGAGGGAGUCCAGUGGUCACUGGGAUCUCUACCAGCACCGCUGUUAAGCAACCUGAUCAGACGUUCCACAUCAGCAGCUAUCUGGCCAUCCAGGCGUCAGACUGGAACAUGGAUAAGGUUUACACAUGUAAAGUGUCUUUGGGCUCCCAGACUGCAGAGAAAAACAUCAAGAAGUCUGAGUGCCUCACUGAACAACAGUAGAGGAGCAGAAGGACCAUUUAACAUCUGCUUCUUCCCUCUUUGUGCUGUUUAUUCAUCACGAGCGUUACAUGUUAGAACAUGUGUCUCCACGCUUGUAGUACAUGUUGUUGACAGUUAGGUAGAGGUGUUGUAUCCGCUUUGCAAACGGUAAAAUGUAGUGAAACCUUUUGAAUAAAAAGCAUUUUGUAAAACAA